UGAAGUCUUAGCUGUCACAUUUCUGAUUGAAUGAUUUUUGAUAUAAAAUAGCUUCGUUUUUUUCCAUAAAAAUAAUAAAAUGGCUAAGAAAACUUAUGAUCUGUUAUUUAAACUGCUCCUUAUUGGUGAUUCUGGUGUUGGCAAAACUUGUAUACUGUUUAGAUUUUCAGAUAACCACUUCACAACGACAUUUAUUUCCACUAUUGGUAUAGAUUUCAAAAUCAAAACAGUAGAACUUCGUGGUAAAAAAAUCAAACUCCAAAUUUGGGACACAGCAGGACAGGAAAGAUUCCACACUAUCACGACUUCCUACUACCGUGGGGCGAUGGGGAUAAUGUUGGUGUACGAUAUAACAAAUGAAAAAACAUUUGAUGACAUUGUCAAGUGGUUACGAAAUAUAGAUGAGCACGCAAAUGAGGAUGUGGAAAAAAUGAUACUUGGUAACAAGUGUGACAUGGAAGAGAAGCGAGUUGUCAGCAAAGAACGAGGAGAAGCAAUAGCGCACGAGCACGGGAUCCGCUUCAUGGAGACGUCGGCGAAGUCCAACAUCAACAUCGACCGCGCCUUCUCCGAGCUGGCGGAGGCCAUCCUGGACAAGUCGGCGGGGCGCGAGGCGGACGCGGACCACGCGCGCAUCGCAGUCGAGCGCCGGCCGUCGCGAGCGCCGCCCGCGCGCGUGUGCUGCUCCUAGACGUGCCCGGGAGAUGACACGCCCGAUUUUUAUUUAUUUUAUGUAUAUAACCGUUUCGAAUGUAGAUAAAAUGAUUCGCCUGGCUUUUGUGAUGUAGCCGACGAUCACUGUGCUUCGGAACGCACGCACUCGAUGUUUCGUUUUCGUGUAACCGUCGUUCGUCUAGUCGUCAUGAACUCUUCGCAUUUGGCUCCGUAACUAACGAAGGACAUGUUUGCGUCGAUCGCUUUUCAAAAGUUAGGUUAUCUUCGAAGUCACGAUGUACGCGUCUGGUCUUUAGCUUAUCGCUGUAGUCGGUCUUGUUGUAUUUCAACUUAAUCCUCGCUUCUUUAGUACAUGUUACUUAUUUGUUAUGAUGUCUCUUAUAUAUGUCGGUGAUCGUAACUGUUGUGUAGAGCUUCGCCGUCGGCCGCCAGCUGGCGGUACUGCCAGUAGUCGUGCCGCGACGGCAGCCACCACUCGCUGUAGGUGUAAGUGUAACGCGUGUGCAAUAAACAACGACUGUGUUCAACAUAAAGUAAUCAUCAAUGAAAUAUUUUUAUUAUUCUUCUGUAAUUAAUCACGUGUCUGCUGGAAAUUCAAGAAUAGUAGAUGACUAAUCGUUUACUUAACAACUCCCAUAAUAUAAAGUGGAAGGUUUCAUAUGAAGAUUUAUAUUGAGGAUCGAAGGCUACACGCUUAGUUAGAUCUAAAACCAUAUAAAACGCAGUAUAGCUAUGAACAGCGACAUAUGCUCGGAAGCAAUCGGUUUACUUAAAUUACUUUACUAUACUUCUGCCAAUAUUUAUGGCACCAUCUUUAAUAAUACACUAUAACUUACAUAUAAUCAUAGUUUAAUUUAGUGAUCGCUCUUCCGAUCAUAUUGUUUAUUUUCGUUGUCGAUUUCAUUGUUCGUGUCGACAGUACUUAAACUUGUUUAAAGUGUAUGUAAGUAAACUUCCUAUGUGGAGUCUGGUAAGUUGAAGGCACUUAGCAAAUUAAACUCCGAAAUUAAAGUUUAUUCCGCGAGUGAAGAGGUUUUACUAAAUUAGACUAACGAUACUUAGGUAAUUAUUUAAGUGAACUUAUACUUUAUUAUAAUGUAACGUACAUGAUGAUGGAUGAAAAAAUACUAUUUUAUCGUACGGUGUAUGUGUCUCGUCGUCGGUUUUUACCCGCUUUUAUAAAUAAACAUCGGCAUUGUAUAUUAUGUUCAUAAUAAACAACCUAUGGUA